ACGUCUAUUUAAACAGCGGUUUGUCAACGGUCAGCUAACUAACGGUCAGACGCUACCAGGAGUGUUUUGUUGUUUUGCGCUAAAUGAAGCUGCAAUAAACGGCUGGGUUUAAACAGGUAUGCCCUGUUAGCCACACUGCUAAUGUAACUUAGCACCUGGAGGCGUUAAUUAUAAAUUUUAAUCACUUUAAUUUAAGUUUACGUCGAAGUUUAGCACGUUAACGGCUAACGCAGCGGCUAAAGUUGAAGUCAUCGUGUCGCCGCUUCCCAAACUCUGACACGUCGACAAUGACACCAGCCUCUCGCUGAAGAGUGUCACCGCGUGGAAUGGAGCAAAGGUCAACGUUUUCUCUUACAUGCCAGCGGCAGCAUGUAGCGUUUUAACCGGCGCCGUCAUCGCCCCGGUCAAGCGGUUCGUUCUCAUUCCCUCUGGCAUGGAGAGGCAGACGACGACGACGACGAGCUGAAGUCGUGUUUGUUUGUUUCAGGCGGGAAGUGGAAACAGAUCCUCACAUGGUGAUUUGACGGAGCCCAAAGGAGAAAUAAAUAAAUAAAGUUACACUGGUCCAAACGCCGGCCGACACAAUGGUAGAGGACGACACAGCAGAGAGCGGGAACAGAUCAGAGGUGGACUACAUGGACCUGAAGGUGUCUAAAGACGUGGACCUCGACAUGGCUGCUGCUGUCGCCACCGCUGAUGCCGAGUCUCCGCCCGACGGUCCCCCAGAGGAGGCGAAGGACCCGAAAAAGUGGAAGUGGGCCGUGAUAUUUUUGUGUUUCUACGGGUUUGUGACAGCGCUGAAGCCGGGGGAGUCCUUCAUUACGCCGAAUCUGCUCAGCGCGGAGAAGAACUUCACCAGAGAACAGGUGACCAAUGAGAUCACUCCCGUGCUGACGUACUCCUACAUGGUCGUGCUGGUGCCGACCUUCCUGCUGACGGACCUCCUGCGCUACAAGCCGGUCCUGAUCAUCCAGGGCGUCAGCCAGGUGGUCAUCUGGCUCCUCAUACUCCUGGGCACCACCCUCCUGGAGAUGCAGUUCAUGGAGUUCUUCUACGGGAUCACCAUGGCGUGCCGCGUGGCCUACUCCUCCUACAUCUUCUCCCUGGUCAGUCCGGACCUCUACCAGCGCGUGGCCGGAUACUCGCGCUCCUCGGUCCUCUUAGGCGUGUUCACCAGCUCCGUGUUGGGCCAGCUGUGCAUGUCCGUGUUCAAUAUCAGCUUCUCCACCCUCAGCGCUGUAACUCUGGGUUCAGUCUGCUUCGGGCUGCUGCUCGCACUGUGCCUGCCGUGGCCCAAACGCUCGCUGUUUUUCAACCGAAACCAAGAGCAAAAGGAGCUGGCGGCGGCGGCCACCAAAUCUGAGCUGGACAUAAUGAACCCGAAAAACGGUGCAUUGUCCUCCGCAGCCGCCCCGAGCUCAGCGUCACGCUGGAAGGACUCUGUCUUGGUGCAGAUGCUGCUUGAGGUGAGAAACGUGGUGAGGAGGCCCAACCUGAGGCUCUGGUCCCUGUGGUGGGUGUUCAACUCCACAGGGUACUACCUGGUGCUGUUCUACGUCCACAUCCUGUGGAACAAAGUCUACCCGGCAACUGAGAACCACAAAGUUUACAACGGGGCAGUGGAGGCAGCUUCUACACUGCUGAGUGCGGGGACGUCCUUCAUCGCAGGCUUCGUGAAGAUCCGGUGGAACCUCUGGUCCGAGCUGGUCAUCGCUGUGAUCACGUUAGUGCAGGCGGGUCUGAUGUUCCUCAUGAUCUCCACCGACAACAUCUGGGUCUGCUACCUCGCCUACGUCGUCUUCAGAAGCGUCUACCAGUUUCUGGUGCCGAUUGCCACUUUCCAGAUUGCGUCGUCGCUCACGAAGGAGCUCUGCGCCUUAGUGUUCGGCAUCAACACCUUCCUGGGGACGGUCCUGAAGACCAUCAUCAACCUGAUCUUCGCUGAUAAGACGGGUCUGUCGCUGGACGUGCACUCUCAGUUCGCGGUGUACUGCGUCUACUUCGUCAUCCUCGCUGUCGCCUACUUUGUCGGUGCUGCUGUCGUCUUGGUCCGUCACUAUAGAAACCAGCGCGGAGGAGAUGGAGCAGGAAGAGAUGGAGGAGGUGGGACCAACGAAGCGGCCACACUCACCGAGCUGCAUCCCGUGGCUGCUCAGAGUUCAGAGGCGGAGAUUUUGUCUAACGGCAAAAAUGCCAAAGUGUAACGACGAGAAACUUGUAGAGCGUCGUGUUUGUGAAGAAGCUCUUCAGACUCUUCGGGAUCAAUCGACAUCCUGAAUCAUAGAAGUGCCUAAUCUGCUGCUCGGCGUCUUGUGUCCGACGUCUUAAG